AUGUCUUACCAAGGGAAGAAAAACAUUCCACGCAUCACGAAUCCCGAGACCUUAAACCUUGACAGUGCGUUAACCAUUAGGACACCUGUCACUUUUCUUUCUUUAGUUGAUCACGUCGUUCCGGAACCCGGCACCAGUUUGAUUUCUGCAUUUGAUCAGUGGCGAGAAUGGGCCGACAGCAAGUCUUGCUGUGAUUAUUCUUUGCACGUGGACAUCACUGAGUGGCACAAAGGAGUUCAAGAGGAGAUGGAAGCCCUGAUUAAAGAUCAUGGAGUCAAUUCCUUCUUGGUGUACAUGGCUUUCAAGGACCAUUUUCAGCUAACAGAUUCUCAGAUUUAUGAGGUCCUGAGCGUAAUCCGAGACAUUGGUGCAAUAGCUCAAGUCCAUGCUGAGAAUGGAGAUAUCAUAGCAGAGGAGCAGCAAAGGAUCUUGGAACUGGGGAUCACUGGCCCUGAAGGGCAUGUUCUGAGCAGGCCUGAAGAAGUGGAGGCCGAAGCUGUGAACCGGGCUAUAACCAUUGCCAACCAAACCAACUGCCCCUUGUACAUCACCAAAGUGAUGAGCAAAAGUGCCGCGGAAGUGAUUGCUUUGGCCAGGAAGAAGGGCACUGUGGUGUACGGUGAGCCCAUUGCAGCAAGCUUGGGUACCGACGGAUCUCAUUACUGGAGUAAAAACUGGGCCAAAGCAGCUGCUUUUGUCACUGCUCCACCACUGAGUCCUGACCCGACUACUCCGGACUUCCUCAAUUCUCUGCUGUCCUGUGGAGAUCUCCAGGUUACUGGCAGUGGCCAUUGUACUUUCAAUACUGCCCAGAAAGCUGUUGGGAAGGACAAUUUCACUUUGAUCCCGCAAGGAACCAAUGGAACGGAGGAACGGAUGUCCAUCAUCUGGGAUAAAGCCGUGGUUACUGGCAAAAUGGACGAGAACCAGUUUGUUGCUGUCACUAGCACCACAGCAGCCAAGAUCUUCAACCUGUAUCCACGGAAGGGGCGCAUUGCAGUGGGAUCUGAUGCUGACCUGGUGAUCUGGGAUCCUGACAGCGUCAAGACGAUCUCAGCCAAGACGCAUAACAUUAAUGUGGAGUAUAAUAUCUUUGAAGGCAUGGAGUGUCGUGGGUCUCCUUUAGUGGUCAUCAGCCAAGGAAAAAUUGUAUUGGAGGAUGGUAAUCUCCACGUAACCGAAGGGUCUGGCCGAUACAUUCCUAGGAAACCUUUCCCUGACUUCGUUUACAAACGCAUCAAAGCAAGAAGCAGGCUGGCUGAAUUGAGGGGUGUCCCACGCGGUUUGUACGACGGCCCUGUUUGCGAAGUAUCGGUGACACCGAAAACGGUUACGCCAGCUUCCUCGGCCAAGACUUCCCCAGCGAAACAGCAGGCUCCACCCGUGAGGAAUUUGCACCAGUCUGGAUUUAGCUUGUCGGGUGCGCAAAUCGACGAUAAUAUCCCACGGCGUACUACGCAGCGCAUAGUUGCACCCCCUGGUGGCCGCGCCAACAUCACCAGCUUGGGUUAAAAAUGACACCGCAGGGGAAGCAAAAUGUCCACUUAGAGAUGGUGGGAGAGGGUGGGGGCACUUGGAAAGAUCCUUUUUAAAAAUUCUUUUAGAGCCUGUGAUGGUUACUGCGGAUAGCAGUGGAUGAGGCCAUAGUCUCUCUCUCUCUCUCUCUCUCUCUCUCUCCUCCCUCCUUUUCCUUUUAUUGUUAACCAUUUCCCACCCUCGUCUCUUCACAAAACCUGCUCACUUCUCCCUUCCUCCACAUUUGGGAACAGACACUCUCCUCUCCCACCACCUCCUUUUCUGCUAUUAAAAGAGAUAAAAACAUUGAUGUGUAGAACUUGUAGUUGACGUGACCAUGAACAUCCUUUCUUUGCUUUGCCUCUUUUAUUUUUUUUUUAAAUUUUCUUUUAAAGGAAGGAUAAAGUGAAUUUCCCGUGAGCUGCCUCUUCCCCCCCACCCCAUCCAUUAAGGUUGGGUUUUCACUUCUGCGAAAGAGAAAUAAAGGGUUUAAACUGGACAUUUCCAAAACUGGACUUGCCAAUCAUGUGACUUAGAACAGGGGUCUCCAACCUUGGUCCCUUUAAGACUUGUGGACCAACUCCCAACUCUGGGAGUUGAAGUCCACAAGUCUUAAAGGGACCAAGGUUGGAGACCCCUGACUCAGAACAUGGGGGUUAACCAUCCGAAAUCCAAACCCAUGAAUGGCCUUUUUUUUUUUUUUUCAUUUACAGAGGGAGGAAGAUUCUGUGCUGCUAAGUCAAGGUGUAAUUGUGAAGUGUAUCCCAUCUUAUUUUGAUAUUUAAUAUCUUUAUCCCACUCUUGAAGCAAUUGAAGGAUUCUUUGUUUUGUUCUAUGUAUGUGUGUGUGUGUGUGUAUGUAUACGCAUAUGAUUAUGGACUUGUUCCUGCCUGUUGCAUUGUUUGAGAUGCCUUAUUUUAGGAUGGAGAGAAUCUUUCCAUUUUCCUAUAUUCUUUGAGUUUUAGGGUCCCCCAUAGCUCCACCUUAUUCUGGUCAUUUCUUGCAUCAACCCAACUUUGAUUUUUGCCCAUCCAAAGGAUAGUUUUUCAGGGGUUCUCCAAAGGGGUUCUUUUGAAUUUUGGAAUCUAAUGUAUACCUGAGAACUAAAGACAUCUUCUACUGUACUUUCCCUAAAGUUACCUGAUUAUCUAUGGAGUGGACCCUCCCUUGUUUAAACUCUUCCAUCUCUAUUGGAAAUAGGUUCUUAGAAAAUCCAAGCCAUAGACUCUUUGAGGGAUUGAGAGCUCAAGAGAAGGGAACUGGCCAGGGAGCGUCUUCUAAAUUACUUCCUGCACUUAAAAAAGUGUAUAGUAUUGAAAAAAAUAAGGCAUCAACCCGUUCUUGCCACUAUCCCAAAAUAAGAGGGCCAGCAGUGGAACUUAAUUGUCUGCAUGGGUUAUUUCUUAUAUUCUAACAACACACGAGUUGUUUCAUAGCUGGGAGUCUACUACAGGAUUGCCCUUCUUGAGAUUAAUCUUCAUCCUUCUACUAAUAGUAAUAUUACUAUUGCUUAACCGCCCACAGAGUGCUGUAAAGUGCUUAUGGGGCAGGAUAUAAGCCUAGAUGCUAUUGCUCGUGUAGUCUUAGAGCAGUGGUUCUCAACCUUUAUAGUGCUGCGACCCCUUUAAUACAAUUCCCCACGAUGUGGUGACCCCUUUAAUACAAUUCCCCAAGAUGUGGCGACCCCGACCGUAAAAUUAUUUUCGUUUUGACUUUAUCGCGCCUGAAGCCGUAUUGGCUAGCGAUCUGAACUGCUUGCGAUUGCCUUGAGGACGGAGGCAUUAAAGCGGAGACUCCUCCCCUAUUAAGUUUAUCGUGCCUGAAGUCAGAUUAGGCUAGCGAUUGGGAGUGAUUGCAGCUGGCUUGAGAGGGAGACAUCAGAGCAAAGAUUUUUCUCUUUUUUAAUUCAUCGCGCCUGAAGCCGAAUUCGGCUAGUGAUUUGAAGAGCCUGCAGCUGGCUUGUGGAGUCAACCAUUGGAGCGCGAUUCUUCGACUCGCAAGUAUACUUCCCAUAUUUCCGAUGGUCUUAGGCGACCCCUGGCAAAUCGUUAUUCGACCCCCAGCGGGGUCCCGACCUACAGGUUGAGAACCGCUGUCUUAGAGAGUUGGGUCUUGAUUGAGUGACAACUGAGAUAUGGGAGAGACAUGUAGGACUGAUUCCCAGAAUGCCUUGGUGCAAGAAAAAGAAAAUGGAUGGAAGUUGGUAUGGCAAUUAGAAAUCCUUGCCGUUCUUUGAUCACGAUAUAUCUGGAUUAGCUUCGGAGUUAGGGUUGGUGUGGAACAGGGGUUCUGUACUUGAAUGGAAGGUUUGAGGGAGCUGGUGCCUGAAUCAAACCAUGCACCUGUUGGAAUGUUUUGGUCCACAUGUGGAAUGAAAUAGGGCCCUUCUGAUCUGCGUACAGAACAAAUGGUAGUUUCUUUGGUCAGGACACAAGCGGUGUGGGUGGCCUGCAGAAAAAGCCAAGGACUUUGCCAGCUCAGGGUAGUAAAGGAAAGAUGGCAUCAUGUAGUGGACAUCAUGAGGAAGCUGAUGUGAUGCUCCUUACUAGACAGUUGAGGUCAGAGACAGAAGUCUCUGGGAAGGUUUUCGGUUGAACCAGUGGAAUAUACUACUUGGAACUGCUGAAGGGAGAGAAUAGAUGCCAUUCAUCAGCUACAAUCUGCUUGCCCAUCCAGUUUUUGCUUGGCCCAAUACCCAGAAUCACUAAAGCAUGGAGCCCUUGGGUUUUCCUGACCUGGAGUGGUUCUGCAGAAGUUCUAAAACUCUGCCUUAUUUGGGAUUGAAACUAAAAGGCUUCUACUUUGUGCACGCAUGAACUUGGCACCGACUCCAAACUGCAGGGUCCAGUCACGGCUCUUUAAAUCCCUUGUGCUAACCGAAGGCAGUGUAUUCCUCACAAGCUAAUAACACUGCCAACUUCUCCUGAAUCAUCCUUCUUUUAAAUAUAUGUGCAAAGGUCUGAAUGUGGGUGGAUUAGAAGUGCUCGUCUAGGUGCACAGAGGCCUCUUAAUAUUUAUUAUUGGUCCAGUGAAAUGGAUGUUCCUUUUGCUUUGUUCUGAUCCCAUGAUAGAAUCCAAAUAUGCAUAUUGCAUAACUUGUGAGUUUCAGCUGUAUGUAGCUUAUACAGGAACUGGCACAGUUUUUGCCUGAUCCGAAUAUAUAGAAAUAUGACUGCUUCCAUUAAACGUUCUAGAAGGACUUUAGGAUCUCCCUUUUGUUUCUCACUCUUGUUGGGCUGGUUGAGUCAUUAUUUGGUGUCAUCCUUCCUUUAUUGUUUACUUCUUCCUUUUUUAAAUAGCAGACUCGGUGUACACAUAUGGGAUUAAUUUGUGCCUUUACUUAAUCUUGGAUGCAGGUCUUGGAAAGGUUUUAUAGUCCCAUUCUUAAAUCCGGUCGACUGUGCUAAAAGUUUCUACUUUCCCUAAGCUAGACCAGAAGCCCCUUGAAAGGAUAUGAUUGCAUUCAAGGCCAAAAGUACUAACGACUUUACCCAAGACGUAUUUUACACAAUGAGAUAUUAAGAGUCCCAGAUACUCCCUCAUUAAUAAGUCAUGAACGCGCCUUCCUCUCUUUCCGCUAACUUAAGGUCAGAAGUGGCCCAGUCCACUUCCAUGCAUAGACCAAGCAGAGCAGAGCAUUUCUUCCCAGUUCCUGAGUUGACAUCCACAGAUGUAGUCAACUUUACUGGUCUCUUCUGGAUCCCUUGACUGUCUAUAUUUUUUCAUCUUGAUAAUAUGGACUGGGCUCACCUCUGUACCACCGUAUUUACUGGACCAUGUGUGAAGCGUACAUGCAUUCGUAGAUUCCCAAUGUUCUCGUAGCUGUGGAGCAGUGGGUGAUGUGCAUAAUCCAACGUGUUUGUGUUCCUCCUUCCAUACAUUCAGCCAUAUGAAGAUAAUCCCUAGGAUACUUCCUGUCUUUGGUCUACAUUCACCAAUGCUCAGACUGGAGUGGAAAAAACCCCCUGCCGUUUGGAUGCUGAAAUGUAUAGUGUGAUAGGUAUGAAAUUUGAAGUUAACCUGCCCUUUUUUUUCUCCUUUUUGUUCAUGUUGUUACGGACAACAAAUUCCAGACCAUUUCAAAUGGAUUUCUUAAUUUUUUUUUUAAUUUACUUACGAGAUUGCACUUUUAUUAAGAAAAUAUUUAGUAAGUGUAAUAUAUAUAUGUGUUCAGCUGUUUUUAAUGUUAUUUUUUUUCAUUUGUGCUUUAAUAAUGCAUUUAAGCAUUUUUUUUUAAAAUGGGAGAACAAUUCUUUUGUAAAAAAAAAAAACAACUCCAAGCAACCGUGUUUGUUUCAGUUGUAUAGAAUGAAUGCAGCUCCCUGCUAUUCACUUGAGUCUUCCUUCUUUCUCUCUCUGUCUCUCUCUGUCUCUCUCUCCCCUCCAUGUUCAUAAUAGUUGUUUUGCUUUGUGAUUUGAGAUGGGGAAUAGAAAAAGUUUUUUAAAAAAAUUGCAGGCUAUGUGUAAGCAUGUUGUUUCCUGUGGGAGCUCACUGGCUCCGUGUGUCUGUUUUUAAUGACUGUCCUAUGUAAAUGCAUAAAAAAAAAUAUGACACUGAACAUGGAGUUAAUUUACCGCAGUGACUUGAUGCUCUAAAAGAAGAGAAAAAUCAUAAUUACAGAUAAUUAAACUAUGUAGAAUUUAAUACUAGCUGGAUUUUACCCCUGGAUUUUGUGCUUGUGAACACGAGUGAAGGAGCUGUAAGUGCUAAGAUGAUCAUGUGUGUAGACAAACAAACAAAAAACAAACCCCCAACCCUAAUAUUUGACCAUUUUCUGGCUGGGGAAAAUAAUGGCAUAAAACAAGUCGUAUGUUCUUUCUUUCUUAAAAAUUCUGUGUUACAUUACCAUGGGAACUCCUUAAUAAAGAUGACAUGUUGUUGUUUCAGUUGCUGAG